CUGCAGCGAAGUACGAUGGCCACCCUGAACCAGAUGCAUCGAACGGGGCCCCACUUUAAGGUGCGACCGCCACGCCAACCGCUCGAUGGAAAACCGUUCGCGAAGGGUGUCGUGCUGAAGACGCUGAUCAAGAAACCGAAGAAACCAAACUCCGCCAACCGGAAGUGUGUGCUGGUGCGGCUUUCCACCGGCAAGGAGCUAGUGGCGUACAUUCCCGGCAUCGGACACAACCUGCAGGAGCACAACAUUGUGCUGGUGCGCGUUGGGCGCUGCCAGGAUUUGCCCGGUGUGAAGAUUAAGUGUGUACGCGGCAAGUACGAUCUGCCCCACGUGAUUAAGCAGAAGUAA